AUGCGCGCGCGGAGCGCCUGCGCUGCGAAACCUCUCCUACGGGUCGUUGCUCUUUGUCUCGCCCUGCAGGCAUCGCUUGGCUUCCUGGCUUCGAGGAAGCUUCGGCUCAACCACCAGCGGGCACACAGGUGUCGCCUGUCAGCUGGAUCGGUUGAGGACGUUGUUGACGUGGCUCCUCUCUUUCACAGGAUCGUAGCAGCCUGGCCACAGAGCACCCUGGUGCAGAUCGGGGCCUGCGAUGGCGAUUUCGGCGACGAGGCCAGCUCCAACGACCCGGUCCAGCGGCUGCUGUUGCAGCAGCCCGCGAUGCGUGCCCUGCUCGUGGAGGCCAAUCCGGCCGUGUUUGCGACCCUGCUCAGCAAGGUGGAACAACGCUUCCCCGGUGGCCGCGUGACGGCAGUGAACGUAGCUGUAACCAACGGCAGCUGCCGCGAAGCUCCAUUCUUCGUUGUCUCGCCAAAGUUUGCAGAGGACUUCCCGAGGAAGGCUUUUCACUGGGCCUGCUUUCAGCUCGGCUCCAUGGACCGUCAGCACGUGGCAAAGCACCAUGUGCAUGUCGGCUUGAGCGAGCACGACUUCGCAAAGUACAUUGAGGAGAUCUUGGUCCCUGCUCUCACGCCCGCUGCGUUGCUCAAAGCAUCCUCCUUGCGACCGGAGGCUGUCAGCAUCCUGGCAGUGGACGCAGAGGGCUUUGACGAUGUGAUCGUACGGGCCUUCCUGCAGCUUCCGGGUUUCGAGCCCAGGCUGAUCUCAUUUGAAGUUGCCCACCUGGACGUGGUGGAGAAGGAGCAGAUGAUCCGUCUGCUUGCGGAGAGAGGCUACAAGACUGCAUGGGCCCAGACCGACAUGAGUGAGGAUGGGCGAGGCGACCUCAUCGCCUGGAAGUGA